UAAAAUUUUGUAAUGUCACAUAAUUCAAAUCAAAUUGAUUACAUUAAUUUAAAUAUAUUUUUGAACACUUAAAUUUAAUGCAGAAUAAUGACACUAGAUUGCUCUUUUUAUAAAGUACACAUAUUUUUCCAUUAUUUUACUUUCUAUAUUUCUUUAUUAUCAUUGAUCGAACUAUAAACUAUUAACGGCGGUAAACGAAAUUGAAAACAUUCCAAUAUUUCUACGGCUACUAAAAAUGCCGCGUACAAAACAUGUUCAGAAACCAAAACAACAAGAAGAAUUUUUAGAAGAAAGUGAUUUAUUAAUUAAAGAUUUUGAGCGACAAGCACAUUUGCGAAUUUCAAAAAUGGAAGCAGAAUCAAAAAUGGCAAUAAAAAGUAUUGAAACUUUCGUUGACGUUACUUUAUCUCGACUUCCGGCUGAGAUACGGCAAAUGACACUUAGUGAAAUACUUAAUUACGAUAAUGAAAAUGAAAAAGAAAAUUGUAAUGAAAUUUCAUCAUCCGUUGAUGAUCGUUCGCUACGAGUACCUCCGAUGACAGUAAAAGGAAAAAAAACUGGAAAAAGAAUUACUAGCGCGUCCGAUGAUGGAUAUGUAACUGAGGGAAUAACAACAACACGUACAUCAAGAGCUACUAAAGUUGAAUCUGCUAUUAGUAGAAGAACACGUAGUACUUCAAGAAAUAGUAAAAUGAAACUUAGUGAAAUAAAUCAAGAAACUAUAAAAAAAACAACAAAAGAUAAAUAUAUCAAAUCUAUGAAAAUUGAUAAAUUUAAAACUCCUGCUACUUUGAAACCAGGAAAUAAAGAAUUUGAUCUUGUAACUCCAAAAAUAAAACCUAAUACACCAUUAAAUGUAUUAAGACGUCCAAGACAAGGAGAAAUGGUUCUUAGUAUGCAAGGUAGUCCUUUAUUAGUUUCUGCAAUUAUUCAAGAAGAUAUUGCUAACAUUAAUGUACCCUUGCGUGAUGGGAAUGUUAUGUCCUUAUUACCUAAUGAUGGAUUACGUAUGUCACAUAUUCCUGCAUUAGAUUCAGAAACUUUGAAACAACUAGAAACUUUAAAAAGUCAUAUUGAGAAGGUUAUCUCAACAAAAUAAUUAUAAUUAUAAUAAUAAAAUAAAAUUUUGUAGGAUGUAUUUCACAUUUUACUAUUAUAUGUGUUGUGCCAAUGAAAUCAAUUUAGGAUCAAAAUAUUUCCUGAAAUUGUCAUAAUUUUAUUACAAAUAAUACAUAAUUGAAAUUAAUUGAAUUAUAUGUUCAUUU